GAGCAAGAGCUCUGUGACACUCUUUUUCACUCUGUCCAUUUUUCCGGCGAGUUGUAGGGUUCCGGCGAGGAUGGGAUCGACGAUAUUGUCGGAUCUGGCGACGGAGAUAGUGGUUCCGGUCUGCGCCUUUAUCGGAAUCGUGUUCUCUCUAAUUCAGUGGUUUCUGGUCUCGCGCAUCAAGGUCUCACCGGACCGGCACUCUUCGUCGUCGAACAACGGCAAGGGCGCUGGUUACGGAGACUACCUGAUUGAGGAAGAGGAAGGCCUCAAUGACCACAACGUGGUCGUGAAGUGCGCCGAGAUACAGAGCGCCAUCUCCGAAGGUGCAACCUCUUUUCUUUUCACUGAAUACCAGUAUGUUGGUGUCUUCAUGGUUGCUUUUGCAAUUUUGAUCUUCCUCUUUCUGGGUUCUGUCAAUGGCUUCAGUACAAAGAGCCAGGUUUGCACUUACAACCCGCAGGAGAUGUGCAAGCCUGCACUGGCCACUGCUAUCUUCAGCACUGUAUCCUUCAUGCUUGGUGCUGUCACCUCAGUCAUAUCUGGUUUCCUUGGGAUGAAAAUUGCUACAUAUGCUAAUGCAAGAACAACUCUAGAAGCAAGAAAGGGUGUUGGGAAGGCAUUCAUUGUUGCAUUCAGGUCUGGUGCUGUCAUGGGUUUUCUGCUUGCUGCAAACGGUCUUUUGGUGCUAUACAUAGCUAUCAAUCUCUUCAAGCUCUACUAUGGUGAUGACUGGGAAGGCCUUUUUGAGGCUAUUACUGGUUAUGGACUUGGUGGAUCUUCCAUGGCUCUCUUUGGUAGAGUUGGUGGUGGAAUCUACACAAAGGCUGCUGAUGUUGGUGCUGAUCUUGUGGGAAAGGUUGAGAGGAACAUUCCUGAAGAUGAUCCAAGAAAUCCAGCUGUGAUAGCGGACAAUGUUGGUGAUAAUGUUGGGGAUAUUGCUGGAAUGGGAUCUGAUCUUUUUGGCUCUUAUGCUGAGUCAUCCUGUGCUGCUCUUGUUGUUGCUUCCAUCUCAUCAUUUGGUAUCAAUCAUGAUUUCACUGCUAUGUGUUAUCCCCUUCUUGUUAGUUCCAUGGGUAUCCUUGUUUGUUUGAUCACCACUCUCUUUGCAACGGAUUUCUUUGAAAUCAAGGCUGUCAAGGAAAUCGAACCAGCAUUAAAGAAACAGCUUAUCAUCUCCACUGUUCUUAUGACUGUGGGAGUUGCAAUUGUUAGUUGGAUUGCCCUUCCAUCAUCCUUCACAAUCUUCAAUUUUGGCUCUCAGAAAGUUGUGAAGAAUUGGCAGCUGUUCUUAUGUGUGGGUGUUGGUCUUUGGGCUGGACUUAUUAUUGGGUUUGUAACUGAGUAUUACACUAGCAAUGCAUACAGCCCUGUGCAAGAUGUGGCUGAUUCCUGCAGGACUGGAGCUGCCACUAAUGUCAUCUUUGGCCUUGCUUUGGGAUACAAAUCUGUCAUCAUUCCUAUUUUUGCUAUUGCAGUUAGUAUUUUUGUUAGUUUCAGUUUUGCUGCCAUGUAUGGCAUUGCAGUGGCAGCCCUAGGAAUGCUGAGUACCAUUGCUACUGGGCUUGCUAUUGAUGCUUAUGGUCCCAUCAGUGACAAUGCGGGAGGAAUUGCCGAGAUGGCUGGCAUGAGCCACAGAAUCCGAGAGAGAACUGAUGCACUUGAUGCCGCAGGCAACACCACUGCUGCCAUUGGGAAGGGAUUUGCAAUUGGAUCUGCGGCACUUGUGUCUUUGGCACUGUUUGGUGCCUUUGUAAGUCGUGCAUCGAUCUCAACUGUUGAUGUCUUGACUCCAAAGGUCUUCAUUGGUUUGCUUGUUGGUGCAAUGCUUCCUUACUGGUUCUCAGCCAUGACCAUGAAGAGUGUGGGAAGUGCAGCUCUUAAGAUGGUUGAGGAGGUUCGCAGACAGUUCAACACCAUUCCAGGUCUGAUGGAGGGCCUCGCCAAGCCUGAUUAUGCCACUUGUGUCAAGAUCUCUACUGAUGCAUCCAUUAAGGAGAUGAUUCCACCUGGUGCCCUUGUCAUGCUCACACCCCUUAUCGUUGGGACCUUCUUUGGCGUGGAGACUCUAUCUGGAGUACUAGCUGGCGCCCUUGUUUCUGGUGUCCAGAUAGCAAUCUCUGCUUCUAACACUGGCGGUGCAUGGGAUAAUGCCAAGAAGUACAUUGAGGCUGGUGCUUCCGAGCAUGCAAGGACCCUUGGCCCAAAGGGGUCUGAUCCACACAAGGCAGCUGUGAUUGGUGACACCAUUGGAGACCCACUGAAGGACACCUCAGGCCCAUCGCUCAACAUCCUUAUCAAGCUCAUGGCAGUGGAGUCUCUCGUCUUUGCUCCCUUUUUUGCCACUCAUGGUGGGUUGCUUUUCAAGAUCUUCUGAGGAAUUGGAUGAUGAAAAAUACAUGGGCAAAGGGGUGAUUAGCCCUUUUUUCCCCAGUAUUUAUUGGGCACCUCUCACCAAUUCAUCUAAUCUCCAUAUCCAUCCAUCCCCACAUUGUGGGUUUUUCAAGUUGGUUUCUAUGUUUAGGGAAAUAUUAUUUUUGAAGGGCUGAUGAUGAUGAUGAUGAUAAUCAUGAUUGGUAAGGGAGGACAGGCAAAAUGGUUAACUGUCACAGAAGAGUCAGGAUGGUAGUGUGUUACUUUUCUUUAUACCUCUUUUUAGAACAGCUCUGUUCCUAAUUUCCUUGUAACCUUAUCCUUUUUUCCAUUAAAAGCAAGGAGAACAUGUUCAUCAAUUUUGGGUAUUUUUGCUGUC